CCGAGACCAAACCACCAGCUCGUCGCAACAAUCAGCACCAUGGCUACCGACAACACCAAGUACUACGAGCUCUACCGCCGAAGCAGCCUGGGCGGCUCUCUCACUGACACGCUGGACAACCUCAUCACCGAGCGCCGAAUAGAACCCCAGCUCGCCAUGAAGAUCCUCCUCAACUUUGACAAGGCCGUCGCCGAUGUGCUCUCGGAGAAGGUCAAGUCGCGCUUGACAUUCAAGGGACAUCUUGAUACCUACCGCUUCUGCGACGACGUAUGGACCUUCAUCAUCAAGGAUAUCAACUUUAAGCUGGACAACACCCAUCAAGUUCAUGCGGACCGCGUCAAGAUUGUUAGCUGCAACGCGAAGCGUCCUGGCGAGGCCUAGACGACGACGACGACUCAAAGGGCGUUCAGAUGCACUGCAGCAGGGAGGAAGGAGACAAUCGUGUUCAAACAAAUGCGAUUGCGCAAGAUGCGAUCUACCGGCUAGAGCAGCUGUCUCUUUAGAGACCUGUGCCAUCACAUGCUUUCGGCGUUACGGCUAAAACAGCCUUGGAAGGCUUUCACGAUACCUCUGGCAUGAAUAGGAGUUUGGGACUGGGCGCGUGAUUCGCUUUGGUUUGACGCUGAUAAAUUGGAACAAUUAUGAUCUUUUGCAUAUCUGAGCUAUCGUACCAUCUAUACUAGACCCAGGUGAUGACUUCGGGGUGGAGUGCAAUUCUAGUGAACUCUUCUUGACUGGUAGUCGAUAGAAGAGCUGAGCAGUCAACUG